AGGGCGCUGCUCUCAUGUAAACAAACAGCUCCGUGUUUCGUUACCUUAAAAAAUAGUAAAACUCGAAAAAGUGUAAUAAAAACGUUUGAUUAAUAAAGUAAAGACUCUGAUUAAGAAGUGAUAGUGUUAUCUCUAUGAAUAAAGCACAAUUAAUAACUAAAAACUAAGAAAAUAUGUGGACAGACUAAGUUCAGCUAAAACUUUGUUGUGAAGUGAUAACAUCUACAUAUUUUUGUGACAAUACUUGAGAAACAACACAGUGAAGCAAAACAAUCCCAGUGUUGAUUGCUAAAAACAGUUUUGUGAUAUAAUUCAAGAAACCUAAAUCUGUUCCAUCUUUAGAUUUCACACUUACCUACUACAUAAUCUAUUUGCGAUCAAUCAGCGCCAUCUGGUGAGGAGUAGUUCACUUAAUUACUCGAAGACAACCACCAUCACUUGAAGUAAAUAGUAAUUACCAGCAUACAACGCCAUCUAGUAAGGAGUAGUAAAACUAACUACUCGACGACAGCCCUUACUAUAAAUAAAUUACCAUCAAUCAGAGCCAUCUACUGGCGAGUAGUAUACCGCAUCUUAUACUUAAGUAAUCGAGUGAACCUCACCAAAAGAUGGCGUCCCAAGGGAAUGCUGAAAAUAUAAAUAAAUGUGCAGCUUGUUUGGGAGAAAUCAAUCAUAGAAGAUUUCUUGUUUGCAUGAAAUGUUCAGGAAAAUUCGAUUUACCAUGCGUUAAUGUACCAGAGAAACGUUUCUAUAAUACAAUGACAGCGGAACAUAAGAAAAACUGGAUUUGCCCAGAGUGUAAAUCUAAACAGCCGAAAUAUGAUAAUACAAAUACUCCUGUUCGCAACCAGAUGCCAGCCUUGGAUGACGAAAAUAAACCACAAACUUCAAAUGAAAAUAUAACAUUCAGAAAAAGAACAACCAGAAACAUUGACCUAUCUGAGUCCAUUGCUAUAGAUGACUCGCCGCCGCAGGGAGAUACACUGAUGUUCGAUACCACAUCAUGUCAACCAGAGGAGAGCUUGUUGCUAACAGAAAUACGCGAAAUUAAAAAACAGCUAACAAUCCAGAACCAAAAUCAGGAGAGCUUCAAAAAUGAUUUAUCAGAUACAAUUAAAACAGUUUUGGAAGGAAUAAAUACCAUAAAUAACAAACAAAAAUUAUUAGAAACUGAAAUACAAGACUUACGUUCUACAGUUCAGGACAACUCACACAGAAUAAGUGAACUUGAAAAAGAAAAUAAUAAACUUCGUCAAGAUCUACAAAGAAGAGCUCUAAGUCAGGAUUCUGCAAACCACAGUAUUUUGCCUGGAUCACCUUCAACAACUACGAUGCAGCAACAGAAACCAGCAAGUGCCGUAGAUCACAAAAAUGAGAUAAAAAAUGCUCCAGUUAAAUGUGUUGAUGCAGGAGAGAGAUGCAAGUUCCUGGUUUUGUAUGGAUUAAAUGAAUAUCAUCAUGAAUCCGAUAUUGAACUGUAUGACAGAGUACUCGCAGUUUUUCGAGAUAUAACUCAUACAAAUUUGAUGGGUUAUAUUGAGGAAAUGGACCGUAUAGGCAAAAAAGGCUACAGAAGACCCCUAAAAAUAGAAUUACUCAGCAAGCGGAUGGUCAAAUACCUGCUUUCAUGUAGGAAUAUGUUCAAGAAUUCUGGUCUAUGGAUCUCUGAAUAUCUUGACGAACAGGGGCUACGUGAAAGACAGCAGAGACGACUAAAUUUCAGAAAUAGUCAUGAAAAAAGCCAAAUAAAUACACAGUCAAGGACAAGUCGCGCCAGGUCCACACUACCUACACUAUCUCCCACCCAGGGUCAACCUAAAGAAGAACAACGACGAGCGAAUAAUCACUCCUUUCGCCCGUAAUGAAGCCACAAUCAUAUUCCAAAAUAUACGCAGUAUCAAGAAUAAAACCCACUUGCUGGAGGCUCUCACUGAAGAACGAGACUUUGCCGCUAUCUGCUUAACUGAAACAUGGAUAACAGCUGCAAAAAUUGAUUUAUUACACCUAGAAGGUUACAGCGUAGCGAGUAUGUUUUGUAGAGCUACUAGAGAGGGGGGUGGAACUUGUAUACUUUUAAAAAAUUAUAUAGCUU